AUGCUGUCCGCCAGAUCCAUCUUGACAAGGGCCGCACGAUCCAGUAACGUAAAAUAUUUUUUUCAUAUCCGAGAAUUUUUUUAUAAAUUUGUGAGAGAUAUCAAGUUUCCGAGGCUUGAAAUUUAGAAAUUCCGUAUGUUAUGUUCAUCUAAUCAUUUAUGUAUUUUUAUAAUUAAGAUCCAAUUUUUUUGAAAAGAUGCGAUGGUUCAAAAAAAAUAUAAUGUAUAAUUACUUUCACUUUGAAAAUAAUAAAUCAUAAAAAAAGUUCGAGGCGCACACCUUAAUAUUGUUAUUUUUAUUCGAAUUAGAAAGCAACUCGAAGCCGAGAAAACUUCAAUUCAUCGUCCUUUUUUUCUUUUUUUAAACAUUUCAUUCAAUAAGAUUGAAUCAAAAAGAAGUUACGUUUUUCAUACUUUCUAGAAAUCUAUCCUCAUUUUUUGUUCAAAAUUAGGAUUUCCACGAGAGCAUUCUCCAAAUCAGCCACGAGAAACUAAUAUACGAGUUUGAAAUGUAUAUUUUCGCCUAGAACUUGAGUUUCAGAGCUCCCGCUUGAGCAGCACCUUGGUCAUUGCCGAGCACGACGAUGCCAACUUGGCGCCGAUCACUUUAAAUGCCAUCACGGCUGCAGGAAAGGUUUAAAUAUCAUAAGAACGUGGACUAUUCAUAUAGAAACUUCUAGAUUUAACUAAUUGAUUUUUGAGAAAGGUUAAGAAAAAAACAAAAAAAUAAUUUGACAAUAUUUUUGAUUUCAGCUUGGAUCAGACGUUUCUGUUCUUGUUACUGGCGCGAAUUCGAAAAAAGUAGCUGAACAGGUCGCCAAAGUCGCCGGUGUCAAACGGGUUCUCGUCGCUCAAGAUGACAAGCUCAAGAAUAAUUUGCCAGGUGGGGAAAUGGGAAAAUUGAUUCAAGUCAACGGAAAAUUAGAGAAUGAAGGAGUCAAGGUGGUAUCAAAUUCAUUAAAAACGAUGAAGUGUUGUUAAACGAGACAAAAAUAGUUGUAAAUUACCGGAAUCACUUCUGAUUUCGAAAUAGUAGUGAAGAAUGGAUAGAACCCCAAAAAAUAAAUUUUCAUAACAUGCCCAAGAAAAAAUCCCGUUUUAGAAAAAAAUUCAUUGAAAUUCAAUUGAAAAUUGUUCAAAUCUGUGACGUAUUUACUAAAUUUUCAUCUUUUUCUACAAAAGAAUAAUUUUUUUUUAUUAAUUUUGUCCCGUACAGUUUAUUCCAGACCAUAAAAAGCAAAUUUUUAAAAUACGACAUGCCGCGGCAAAUUUCAAGAUAAGUUAUAGGUUAGUAGUAAUUUUAAAUGCUUUUUAUAUCACUCGAAAUAAUAUUUACUCUUUUAAAAGUUAUAAUCUGAAUUAUCUAGCCUUCGAAUCGCUAAAUCGGAAAAUUAUAGGAUUAUAUUAUGAUUUUUUUCAGAAACCUUAGUAAGGGAGAAAUGUUUAUUAAAAAUUUUUUUCAAAUUUAAUUAUUAAACACUUUUUGAAAGAUGUCUCAAUAAAAUCAUAAAAGUAUGCGAAUUUAAUAUUAUCAUUUUUGGAACUUCAGAACGAGUCGCGCCAGUAGUGUUGGCCUCGCAGAAACAGUUCAACUUUUCCGCGAUUACCGCGGGUGCAUCGGCGUUCAGUCGCGGAUUGAUCCCCCGGGUCGCCGCCAAGCUCAACUCUUCCCCUAUCAGUGAUGUUACUCAGGUGAACGUUUUUCAUAACAGUUUCAGAGUGAUAAUAUUCAGAAAAUUUAGUUUUUCUGUGAAAAAAAAGUCAUAUUCUCAUCAAUUUCUAUAAUAUUUCACAGAUCCACUCGGCCGACACGUUCUCCCGCGGAACCUAUGCGGGAAAUGCGAUCACCAAGGCAAACUAAAAAUGUUUUAUAAGUCAAAAAAGUUGGGUUUUAGGUGAAAAGCGAGGCGCCAGUUAAAAUGCUCACUUUCCGUGGAACGGCCUUCGAACCGGCCAAAGAAGGCGGCAGUGGCGCCGUUGAGAAUGGUUUAAAGAAGGACUCUCAAUGAAAAAAAAAUUAUAUAUAUAUUUAUGUAAUGAGCAAAAAAGUGCAUUGAAAAGUAGUAUGACGUUUUGAAGGCGUUCCCUGGUCUAAAUUUGGGAAGUCUUAUUCCAAAAAAGAUAAGUUCAAGUGGCUGAUUCAGGAAAGGAAAAUAUUUUAGGAAAGCAAAAUUUCUUCUCUUCAAUUUAUUGUCAUUGUUAAUAAUGAAACGGAAAUGAAUUCGUAGAUAAUCAUCGUAAUUACGUUUUUCAGCCCCGAGCGGUGAUAUCAAGACGGAACAGUCAGAGUUCCUCGGCCAGGAGCUCAGCAAAUCCGAGCGACCCGACCUCGCCACGGCGAAAAUUGUAAUUUCUGGCGGACGUGGGCUCAAGAGCGGCGAUAAUUUCAAGGUCUUAAACGUUCUGAGAAAAUUUUGGAGGACACAAUAUAAAAAUUAAAGGAACAAGAAGUAGAAGAACCAAAGUAAAGUUUAAAGAAAACGAAGGUUCAGGCAGUUCUUGCAAUAUUUAGAACGUGCAAAUGAUUCCUUCAGCUUUCAUUAGAACUUUAGAAAACUUUGAAGAUUGUAGUUUUAUUAAGAAAUUUUAACGAAAAUAUCGUUUCCAAAAAAUUUGAGAAAUUCGCAACUAAUCAACAAAUUAUUUGAUUUUGUACGUGAUUGCCGGCAAUUUCACUGUAACAGCAACGUAGACACGGAAAUUUCGCCGAUUUUCAGAGAAUUCAGCUAGAAGAAAGAAUAAUUCUUGUUUUAACAUGUUCCUGACAGCUCAUGAACUUUUUCCAGCUCAUCUACGACCUCGCCGACAAACUCGGAGCUGGAGUUGGAGCUUCUCGGGCGGCUGUCGAUGCCGGAUACGUGCCCAACGACAUGCAAGUCGGUCAGACCGGAAAGAUUGUUGCUCCGGUGAGUGGGAAAUUUAAUGCAAUCCAAUUUUUAUCAGAUGAAUAAUACAAAUUUCGUACGGUGUCUUUGAAAAAGUAGGAAAAAAACCCUGAAAGCUUAUAAAACAACUCAACUUGAAUUCGAAAUCAUUUUACGAAAAGUUUUAAAUUCAAUAAAAUAAGCUUGAUUUUAGGAGCUCUACAUUGCCGUCGGAAUUUCCGGCGCCAUCCAACAUUUGGCCGGUAUGAAGGACAGCAAAGUCAUCGUGGCGAUCAAUAAGGACCCUGAUGCGCCCAUUUUCCAGGUCAUUUUUUUGCUUCGCGAUCGAUCAGUUUUUAAAUUAUGUAGCUUCGUAUUCACUGAUUGAUUCUUCUGUCAUAUACGAGUUUUUAUUCAAAGUUGUUCAUUUUGCGGAAAUAACUACUGGUUAUCUAAGAGAAAAUGAAAUUAUUUCUCAAGUGAUGGCUCCUUCUCAAAUGUUCAACGUAGUGAAAAAAUACUUCAAGCUUCAUACAUCAAAUUCAGGUCGCCGAUUUCGGUCUGAAGGCUGAUUUGUUCAAAGCGGUCCCAGAACUCACAGCUGCUCUUCCUUGA